UAUAUUGUUCUGUGGUGGUAAUAGUAUGGCUGUGUAGCCAGUAUGCUUUAAUCACAGAAUAAUACUAUUCUGUGCUUUAACUUUACUGUUGGCUGUGGUCACUGACUAUAUUAAGUUGUGGUGAUUACUUGUGGCUUAUUAGUUAUAUUACAUUAUAUCUAUUGUACUAUGUUACACUUUAUAAAUGUUAACUCUUAACCCUCAGUCUUAAACUUAGAUCAUGUACUCAAUGUUGUAUUUAUAUUUUAUAAGUAUAUUAUGAUCUAAAUAGUAAAUUCUAAGGUAUUGAAUCUGUGAACUCCAAACUUACUUAUUCUUAUUUAUAGUCUUGACUCUUGACUUGAAUUAUGAAUCAUCCUUUCAGCAUAGAAAAGAUAUAAUAAAUUAUAACUAUCUUACUUUUUGUACCUCAAUUAUUAUAUUAUUUAAAUUUUAAAUCAAUGGUGAUAACUAAUUAAGACAAUAGAGUUAUAGAUUAAUGGUUCCAAAUAAUGAGGAUAACCAAAAGAAGCAAGUGACUAUGGUGAUAUAAACUUGCUGAAUCAAUACAAUAUUAGUAAUAAUUUAUAAUGACGUCAGCUUCAAGUACAAGUGCUAGAUCUCUUUUUGGUGAUUCAAAAAAUUUAUUGAGUGAACGGGUAAAAUUGAACAUUAAUAAUAUGUCAUCAGUUAUCAAGCAAAUCCACAAAAGUUCAAAAAGUCAUGAUAUGUUAAAUCAAACGGUCAAAAGUCUUUCAUUAUUAGAAUCUAAUAUUGAUCGUACUGAACAUAAUUUAAAUCAAUUAAGAAAUGUUUCAACCAAUUUCAACCAGCAAUAUGGAGAAUUUAAAAGAUCUAUACAUCUUAUUGAAGAAGUAAAGGAACAUGUACAAACCAUGCAAAGAUAAAUAUAUAAAUUAAAUUAACUUUAAAGUAGAUUUGUGAAUUUAUUUUAUAUUAUGAAAUAAGUACUAAUAUUAAAAGAAUAUAUUAAUUU